AUGCGUCUCGGAGAGACAUUCGGCUCUGGUCGGAUAAGCGCUUCAACAUCUCCAAAAUCUCAGAAAUCAAUAACGAAAAUCGUCUACAUUGUUAUCGACACCUGCUUCGCGACUUUGACGGACUUCGAUCAGGGAAAAGGAUCCACGAGCAUCGACUCAGUACACACGACAUCGCACGUCGCUAACAUUCGUGCUAAAAAGAUCAUGUUCGCUCGUAUCAAUCUCAAUAAUACAUGUCAAGUAGACAAGGACAAAAUUCUCGAGGAGAUAAAGGAUGGGCUCUACACCGGGAUCGGCAUCGGCGGAGACGAAAACACUGGAUGCUAUGCAAGGAAGUGUGAGGUUGAGGCAAAGCCCGUAGAUAUCGAAGAUGAUGGUAGCAGUGAGGAAGACCACGAUGGUGAAGACUGGAGUAUGGGAUGA